AUGUUUGUUGGUACUAAUGUUGCAGAGUCAGGAAAAUGGAUGAAGACAACCAGACCAGUGCCUCCGAGUUCCUGCUGGUUGGGCUUUCGGAGAAACCCGAGCAGCAGCGAAUCCUGUUUUGGAUGUUCCUGUCCAUGUACCUGGUCACCGUGGUGGGGAAUGUGCUCAUCAUCCUGGCCAUCAGCUCUGACUCCCGCCUGCACACUCCCAUGUACUUUUUCCUGGCCAACCUCUCCUUCACCGACCUCUUCUUCGUCACCAACACAAUCCCCAAGAUGCUGGUGAACCUUCAGUCUAAGAACAAAGCCAUCUCCUAUGCGGGGUGCCUGAUGCAGCUCUACUUCCUGAUCUCCUUGGUAGCCCUGGACAACCUCAUCCUGGCCGCAAUGGCCUAUGACCGCUAUGUGGCCAUUUGCCGCCCCCUCUACUAUACCACAGCCAUGAGCCCUGGCCUGUGUAUCUUGCUCCUGGCCUUGUGUUGGGUCUUCUCUCUCCUCUACGGCCUCAUCCAUACCCUCCUUAUGACUAGGGUGACCUUUUGUGGGUUCCGAAAGAUCCGUUACAUCUUCUGUGAGAUGUACGUCCUAUUGAGGCUUGCGUGUUCCAACAUCCAGGCCAAUCACACAGUACUGAUCGCCACAGGCUGCUUCAUCUUCCUCACUCCCUUUGGGUUCAUGAUUGUGUCCUACGCCAGGACUGUCAGAGCCAUCCUCCGAAUACCUUCAGUCACUGGAAAGUACAAAGCCUUCUCCACUUGCGCUUCUCAUCUGGCUGUGGUCUCCCUCUUCUAUGGGACACUUGGUAUGGUGUAUCUGCAGCCCCUCCACACAUAUUCCGUGAAGGACUCAGUGGCCACAGUGAUGUAUGCUGUGGUGACACCCAUGAUGAACCCUUUCAUCUACAGUCUGAGGAACAAGGACAUGCAUGAAGCGCUAGGAAAACUCUUCCUUGGAAGAGCUUUUCAGAAGUUGACAUAAGGGUAAUUUUGGAAAGAUGGCAUUGGAAUGGAGAUCAGGAAUUCCCUCCACCAUGUGCAAAGCAUUAGCCUGUGGAAUACACAGGAGU